CCUGGCUGUAGCCGCGGUGCCGCAGCAGCAACGCGGCGGGAGCGGCGUGGACGGAGCCCCCCGAGCCCAGGGCGCGGCCCGCUCCCCGGGUGAGAAUCUCUCCGAAGUACCGCAUGAGCGAGCGGCCGAAGGUCCACGUCUUCCUGGGGGCUCCUGCUGCCUCCUCCGGCCCAGAAGAGGAGUCGGCAGCUGGGCCGGAGGGAGACACCUGGAGCUGGAGACACCUGGAGCUCACCUGGCAGGGGGGACGCCUGAGGCCUGCCACAACUGAGGCGUUCAGGGACCCAGAGAACGAAGCUGGAAACCUUCUGACGGAGGAACGAACCGGCCGAGAGCACGAAGAAGCCGAUCGGUGCUCGUUGAGGUCCCAUGACUCCGCCCCUAAAGCUGAUUGGACCACAGAAGCGUCAUCUGGACGUGAAUUUAACUCCGUCCAGGAAGAUCAGUGUUCGGCUUCAGUUCAUGAGUAUCUGGACAGCUGUUUCCCUGCAGCUCAACCCGAACCGGUAAAACCCGAACCAGAGCCUCCGUCAGCUGGCGGCCCUCCUCUGUCCACCCAGACUCAGUACCUCACCACCUGGACUCUGAGUCAGGUAUUAAUCCUGAAAGGAAGGAGUGGCGUCCAAUCAGCAACCAUUCCUGAGAAAACCCCGCCUCCUCAAACCCCACCCAAGAACACCCAAACGCCUCCAUCCGCCUCCUCCAGCACGCCGGAGCUCUUCAGCCCCGUGACCCCGUCACCCGGGGCUUCCACCGAGCUCUCCGGCCGACCCUGCCCGACCCCGAGGGCUCAGGAAGGGGGCGUUGUGGUUGAAGCUACCGCACACGGGGUGCUCUGCUCCCAGGUGUCCGAGCAACAGGAGGCCAGGACCCCCCAAGACUCUUCUUCUAAACCCCCCGAUUUCAAGAAAGCUAGAAUCUCAGUAAAGCUCAGGACCGAAGAGGCCGCCACCGGCACUACCACAACUACAACCACAGCCGGGCUCCAGGGUACCACCACACUUCUGAUCCGGUGUGACAAGCGGGGGGUUCGGCACUCGGUUCUGGUGGCGGUGGUUCACCCUUGUCACCUGAAGGAGGUGAAGGUGAAGUCCAGGCCGGCGGCAGGAACCUCGGUCCCUCUGGCGUCCAUCGUGGUGACGGACCAAUCGGGUGCUGAGAUGAAGGUGGUGCUGUGGCGGCAGGCGGCAUUCUGGGCGUUGACCGUGAGUCCUGGAGACAUUCUGCUCAUCACAGGACUCCAGGUGAAUGAAGACCGGUGGAGAGGAGAGACGGUGCUGCAGUCCACCUUCAAUAGCAAGCUGCUGAACCUGGGACGGAUCACAGCCUCCACCGCCCCCCCAGCUCCUCAGCACGUCGACGCCCGCUCUCUCAGCUCUCUGUGUGGCUUUCUUCGGGAGCAGCGCCCCCUGCUGGUGUCUUUGAACCUCCGCCCUCCUCAGGACCUGAGCCGCCUCCCCUACGUCACCCUGAGGUCGCUGAGGGUCAACACACUGGUCCACGUUCUGCUGCAUGUCACACACACACACAUCAGCACAGCUUGGCGCAGUGAGGCGGAGUCUCGCUUCAGGUCAGCGGUUCAACUGCAGGCCGUUGUGACUGUGGAGCAGCCGCAUGGUCAGCAGGGGGCGCUGCUGCUAUGGGGAGGAGCUGUGGACUGGCUGCCUCGCUUCAACAGAGACAGAGCGACUGUCUGGGACUUUCGAUUCCUCCUUGUGAGGGAGGGUUUGACCUCUGACCUGGCCGAGCUGCACUCCACCCCCUGGAGCUCGGUCCGGCCUAUGGACCCUGCUAACCGCCGGGCGCGGUACUUCCUUCAACCGCGGCCCGUCCGAACAGGAAACAGCAGUCUGGAGCUGGACCUCGACACGCUACUUUCUCAGAAAUACAGCGGCGACGUGGAGCUCAGAGUCCAGGUCACCGCCUUCCACUUUGAGGACUCUUCGCCUUCCCAGAAUGCACCUCAGCCGGUCCUGGACAGCUCUACCCCUCUGGAUGGUAUCCUGGUGGUGUUGAGCGGUGACAUCACCUACACCGGCUGCGGUCGCUGCUCCGCCGAACUCGCUACCGAUGCCAACGGCAUCUACGGCCCCUGUUACCCCUGCCUGCCCCACACUGCUGUACGCCGCUACUACAGGUACUACUGCAGGCCAGGUGUGUUGACAGUGAGUGGGCGAGGCAGCCGCCAGGUGCGUGUCCAGGUUCCUCCGGUUCCACUGCAGAAGAUCCUCGAGGCUCCUCCGGAUAAACUCAGCAGAAGCUCAGCUCCAGGCUCGGAGGUGAAGCACAUCCAGGUGGCAGCAGAGAGGAUCCAGACCUUCCUCUCCCUUCCAAGACAAACCUUCGUCAUCACCGUCCGGAGCCACUUCCUGUGCGACGAGAACAGCGUCCCCAUCAGUCAGGACUUCACUCUGCUGGACCUUCAGCCGGCCAGCUGAAGGUCCAGCUGAAGGUCCAGCAGUGAACUGAACUGAUGAGCAGGAUCUUCUUGGUGUUUACAAAAAGUGGGAGGAACGUUCUCAUUGGCUGCAAUGUGUUAUAUUAAUGUAACAAUAUGUCAGUCUUGUUCCUUCAGCUGUGAAAUAAACUUGGAAGCAAAUAAAAAAAAUUAUUCUCAUCACA